AGAAUGAAGGUAUUUAUGGCGGAAAAAUGGGCGUUCACACUUUUCCCUCGAGUGCGCCAAUAUUGCUCCAGUGCUCCAAAGCCCGGCUAAUAAUCCUUGAAAAUGGCCAACAUUACUAAGAUCUUCGCCACCCGUGCCCAGGGCAUCCUGCAGGCAGCUGCCCGACAGCCACAGGUGGCCACCCGUUUCAGCAGCUCCUCCACCAACAACUGGGAGUACAUUAAGACCGAAGUUGCCGGCGAGGGAAAGAACGUGGCCGUGAUCACUCUCAAUCGCCCCAAGGCCCUGAAUGCCCUCUGCAAUGGUUUGAUGAAGGAGCUGUCCACCGCAUUGCAGCAGUUUGGCAAGGAUCAGAGCAUCGCCGCCAUCGUUUUGACUGGCAGCGAGAAGGCUUUCGCCGCUGGAGCCGAUAUCAAGGAGAUGGUGGGCAACACCUACUCGCAGUGCAUCCAGGGUAACUUCUUGAACGACUGGACCGAGGUGGCCCGCACUCAGAAGCCCAUCAUUGCGGCCGUGAAUGGUUAUGCCUUGGGCGGUGGCUGUGAACUGGCCAUGAUGUGCGACAUCAUUUAUGCUGGAGACAAGGCCAAGUUCGGCCAGCCAGAGAUUGCCCUGGGCACCAUUCCCGGAGCCGGUGGCACCCAGCGUCUGACCCGUGUCGUUGGCAAGUCCAAGGCCAUGGAGAUGUGCCUCACUGGCAACAUGAUCGGAGCCCAGGAGGCCGAGAAGCUGGGUCUGGCCAGCAAGGUGGUGCCCGCUGAUCAGCUGCUUGGCGAGGCAGUCAAGCUGGGUGAGAAGAUCGGUACCCACUCCAAUCUGAUUGUGCAGUUGUGCAAGGAGUCUGUGAACACGGCCUACGAGACCACGCUCCAGGAGGGCCUGAAGUUCGAGCGCCGCACCUUCCAUGCCACGUUCUCCACGGCCGAUCGCAAGGAGGGCAUGACUGCCUUCGCCGAGAAGCGCCCAGCGAAGUUUACCAACGAGUAGGACAGGAUAUAAACCAGAUCCCUCCCAGCCAGCAAUGCAUUUAUAUAUUGUCAUAAUACAAUCUGUUGUUUGUACACAAUUAAAACUUUAAACGUGAUAAUUUGAAAA